AUGACGGAGAGAGUUGGGAAGCUUAUUGGCAAUUCAAUUGGUGUCUGUAUGGAUAUUGAUACUCAAAAGGAUGGACUAGGAUGGGGACCGUAUUUGCGUAUUAGGGUUUUGAUUCCUCUAUAUAAUCCUCUUCCUAGGGGAAAAAAGUUAGAUCUGCCGGAUCGUUCUGUGACAGUGGGUUUUUUGUAUGAAUUCCUUCCAAAGUUCUGCUAUAAGUGUGGGCGUAUAACACAUGAAAAAGGUGGAUGUCCGGUGGUGUCUUCUAGUCGUCUACAUGAAGAUGAAGAUCAAUGGGAGUAUGGGAAUUGGAUGCGGGCACCAAGUUUUACAAGGAGGCAACCAAGUAUGAACAGUAAUGAGAAUCGGCGGCGGUCUUUUACGUCCGGUGAUCGGUGGAAACCGGAGGAAGGCAAUCAAAAGAGUCAAAGUGCUGAUGGGAGUCAAUCACGGGAGCCAGAUAAGGUGGGAACUGCUUUUGAGGAGUUAUCAUCAGCAAAUCACGGAGUUGAAAAGGUGGCUAUUUUUGAGGAAUGUGCAAAUAAAUCGGUUACAGCAAAUCAAGGGUUAAUUACCCCUAAUGUUGAUCCCUUUUUAAUUGUAGAUUAUGAAGAGGGCCCAUUGGGGGCCCAUGGUAAUAAGUCCAUGGAUGUUAUGGACAAGUCCACAAAGGCGAAUGAGAAAGUGGUGCAAGCUAUGAUUUCUCGAGAUGUCCAUACUACAGAAAAAAAAUGCCAGAAAACUAGUUGGAAGAGGAGAGCACGGGCCAUUGGAGAAAAUACUGCUCAAACUAUGGAGAUUGUUGAUAGAGGGCUUGGGAACCGAUCUACAAUCCGUGAACUUGGCCAUUUGGUUAGAAUAAAGUCCCCACGCAUUUGUUUCUUAAUAGAGACAAAACUACAUUCUUCUAAAAUUGAUUUUGUUCGCAAUAAACUCCACUUCAAACAUGGUUUGGCAGUGGAUUCAAUAGGUUCUAGGGGUGGUUUGAUGUUACUAUGGAAGGAAGAGGUGGAUAUUUCAGUGCUUUCUUAUUCUACUUGGCACAUUCAUGUUGAAAUUAAGGAAGGGUCUGAUGUUUUUUCAUGGAAUUUAACCUGCUUUUAUGGUCAUCCUGAGGCGUCACAGAGGAAAUUUUCAUGGGAUUUGUUACGUUUUCUUUCUGGUUCGAUACAAUCUCCUUGGUUAUGUGUAGGAGAUUUUAAUGCCAUUUCAAAUGGUGGAGAGAAAGUUGGGGGUAGUGUCAGAUGUGGUUCAUUGAUGGAUGAUUUUAAUAAUGCAUUAGCAGAUUGUAACUUGUUAGACUUGGGGUUCAGGGGGAAUAAAUAUACAUGGAGUAAUAGGCGAGGGUGCCCUGAGUCUUUUAUUAAGGAACGAUUGGAUCGAUCUUUGGCUUCUGUGGAUUGGUUAGUGAAGUGGGGUAGCUACCAAGUUGAGUACAUUAAUACUAUAUCAUCUGAUCACAGCUGUCAAUAUGUAUGUUGGGAUGAUCGAGUAUUACGAAGAGGUGCCCAUACUAAGCGAUUCCGUUACGAGCCGAACUUAGGAGCCAAGGAAAUGUGCAAGCAAUUGGUGAGACAACAAUGGGUACGUAGACCUGGUAGGGAGGGUGGUCAUAUGGCUUUGAAAAGUCUGCAGAAUAACCUUCAACAAUGUGGCCCAAAAAUUCAGCAAUGGAUGGUUAAGGAGAGACAAAAAUAUAGCAACACAGAAAAAGUCCUGAAGAGAAGAUUGGAUUCACUAGUUGCUAAUGAGGAUGCUGGUAAACAAGAGGAGAUAUCGGUAGUAAGACAGCAGUUAAAUGAAUUGCGUGAGCAAGAAGAAGAGGUGCUCAAAAAUCAGAGUAAGCAACAUUGGUUACAAGCUGGCGAUCAAAAUACCAGUUUUUUCCAUACUAGUAUGAAAAUAAGACAGAAUUUGAAGCGAAUUGAUCAGAUAGUUGAUGAGGAUGGGGGUUUGAGGAGUACAGAGGUGGGUGUCGUUGAAGCAUUUCAUGAAUAUUUUUCCAAUUUGUUCUCGGCAGGUAAUGAAGUGCAGGAUUACUCUUUUCUGGAUCCAGUAACAAAGGUGGUUGAUACGGAGAUGAAUGAAGAUUUAUGUAGAAUGGUUACUAGAGAGGAUGUGUGGGAUGCUAAGCUGUGCUUGAAUUUUUUUUCUUCUGGAGUUAUGGAGUCUGAUGUCAACCUUACUCAUAUUGCUUUGAUUCCCAAAACAAAAGAAGCACUCAAGGUAACUGAAUUUCGCCCCAUCAGUUUAUGUAAUGUAUCAUACAAAAUUAUCUCAAAAAUCUUGGCUAACAGAUUGGGACUUAUAUUACAUAAAUGUGUGCGAGGUAAUCAGUCUGCUUUUAUCAGAGACAGGCUAAUUACAGAUAACGUCAUUGUGGCCUAUGAGGCGUUGCAUUCCAUGAGUUUAUUAGCCCGGAGUAGAACAAGUUACAUGGCGGUGAAACUCGAUAUGAGUAAAGCUUAUGACAGGGUGGAUUGGCAUUUUGUACAAGAGAUUAUGGUUCGUUUAGGCUUUUCUGAUGAAUGGCAGAAGUGGAUUAUGCAAUGUAUCAGUUCGGUGACAUACAGAGUCCUUGUCAAUGGUUCUACUACGGACUUGAUUAUCCUAACAAGAGGUAUUAGGCAGGGUGAUCCACUCUCUCCUCUUCUUUUUGUCUUAUGCACAGAAGCCUUGAGUAGUAAUUUAAAUGCUGCGCAUGCUGCUCAUACUUUUCGUGGAUUCCCAUUUGGUAGAGGCAGGCUACGUGUUUCUCACCUGGUUUUUGCCGAUGAUAGCCUUAUUUUUUGCCGUGUCAAAGACGAGGAUUGGGAGUGCAUUUUCAGUAUUCUAACUGAGUAUGGAAGAGUCUCGGGUCAAAUGAUCAACUACAGCAAGACCAGUAUUUUUUUCAGCCGAUUUGCUUCUCCUUUACAGAAAGCACGGAUGAUUUCUAUGAUUGGGGCUGUGGAGGCAAAAAAUUAUGAUAGAUAUUUGGGGUUGCCGGCAAUCGUUGGAAGAUCACGGAAGUCGGCAUUUCUUUAUAUCUUAGAUAAAAUGAGGAAGAAGGUCAUGGGUUGGUCACAUAGAAACUUAUCCAAGUGUUGGAGAAUCAUUAUAAACCCAACCUCGUUAUCCAGUCGUGUAUUGAAAGCCAAAUAUUUUCCGAACACUGAUUUCCUUAAGGUGGAGAAGAAGAGAAAUGCUUCUUACUUGUGGACAAGCUUCUUGAAUGUACGAUAUUUGAUAGAAGAUGGAUUGAGGUGGAGGAUAGGGAAUGGAGCAACAGUACAUAUUUGGGGGAAUAAUUGGUUGCCGGAACCAGUUAUAUAUAAUGUUAAUAUAGAAGAGUUAGGCAUUCCCAGGACAGCUAUGGUGGAUACUCUUAUAGAUUGGUCAAUUGGGUGGUGGAAUGUUAGACUAUUAGAGGAAUUGUUUGAGGUGGAAACAGCAAGCAUGAUAUUGAAACAACCAAUUGGGUCUCCUUAUGUUAGUGAUUCAGUAUAUUGGAAUGGGACAUCCAAUGGUUCAUACACAGUGAGAAGUGGAUAUUACCGUGCGAUUGAAAUAAGAGAAAGACCAUCUGCUUCUUGUUCGGAGCCAAUAGCUAAUCCUUGUACUACGGUUUGGACUCAUAUAUGGUCCUUGAAUGUCCCUCCUUCCACGAGGGUUUUUCUUUGGAGUGCAGUCCAUGAAAUAUUGCCUACUAAUUCUUUGUUACAUCAUAGGCAUAUUCUUGAUAACCCGGUUUGUCCAUUGUGUAAGCAGAAUAAUGAAACAACACUCCAUGCACUUUGGGAAUGCCCUUCGGCACGAGAUGUAUUUUGUGUUAGUCUCCGAAAAUUACAAAAGCUGAAUUCGUACUUCAAUGGGUCCUUUGGGCAGUUUUGGAAUGAUAUAAGGUGUGUUCUUUCUAUUCAAGAAGUAUCUACUUUGGCAAUCACAAUGCGGAUGAUCUGGUUAAGGAGAAAUAAGUUUGUACAUGAAGGGAAUUUUAUGCAUCCUACACAGAUAGCCUUGAGAGGCAUUCAUACAGCUGAUGAUUUUAUUAAAGCUAAACAAAGCUUGGAAGUCCCUCAACCUGGCGGAAUUUCGGAGAAUAAUCAACGGAUACUAGAGUUUUGGCGAGGUCCUCCUAGGAAUGUCGUUAAAUCUAAUUGGGAUGCUGCUAUACAUACUCAAACUAAUCGUACAGGUAUGGGUAUUGUAUUUAGAGAUGAAUAUGGAGACGUUUUGGCUAGUUGUGCAUUGGUGAGAUCUACUAUACUAGACCCGACCUUGGCUGAAGCUUUGGCUUGUUUACAAGCAGUGAAAUUGUCUUCUGAGUUGGGCUUUACUGAGUUGAUAUUUGAAGGUGAUUCUGCUGUCAUUGUUAAUGCAAUUAAUGGGAGUGUUCCAACCCGUGCUGUAUGGAGUAAAGUGAUAGAGGAAAUCAAGAGAUUGCUAGGCUAUUUCAUGAGUUGGAAGGUUGUCUUUGUGCGACGUACAGCAAAUUUGGCUGCUCAUUCCAUGGCCAAACAUGCGCUCCUCGUCCAAGACAUGCAGGUCUGGAUUGAGGAAGUUCCUAGCUCGGUUGUGAAUAUUGUUUAUGCAGAGAAGCUAGCUUGGGAAAGAGAUAUGCAAGGAGGAGGAGAAUUAGUAUAA